GUGUGGAUGUGUGUUUCCCGCUUGUAUAACCAAACUACCAAAGGUUAACUCCUAGUUCUUAUAUCUUUUUUCCUUUCCUUCCCAGGUUUUUAGAGAGAGAGAGAGAGGUUAGGGUAAGGGCUAGGUUUUUUACUCUGCAAUGGAAGAGAUUACAGAGGGAGUGAAUAACAUCAGCAUCGUCGAUUCGCACAAGAAGAAUCGGAUUCAGGUCUCCAACACUAAGAAGCCGCUUUUCUUCUAUGUUAAUCUUGCUAAGAGGUACAUGCAGCAACAUAAUGAGGUUGAACUUUCCGCCCUUGGAAUGGCUAUUGCCACAGUUGUCACCAUUGCUGAGAUCCUGAAAAACAAUGGACUGGCUGUGGAGAAGAAGAUCACAACAUCUACUGUUGAUAUGAAAGACGAAUCAAGAGGGCGACCCAUCCAGAAAGCAAAGAUUGAGAUAAUGCUUGGGAAGACAGAGAACUUUGAUGAGUUGAUGGCCGCUGCAGCAGAGGAAAGGGAGGCCGCUGGAGAUGGAGAGGAGCAAAGCUGAGUAUCAUGGAUGUUCAUCAAGCAUCUGGAGAUGGAGAGGAGCAAAACUGAGUAUAAUGGAUGUUUAUCAAGCCAUCUAGUUUCUUCUUAUUUUGUUCAUGGGGGUGAAUAUGCACUUAACGGAUCAGGUUUUCUUGAAUGUGUGGCAUUUGAGUAAAGAAUGGUCAUUAGAGUGGUAUCAAGAAGAAUUUUAUUUUUGUUGGUAAAGCAUUAAGGAGAGUUUGGUAGCUGUGAUAUUGUUGCGGUAGUAACUUCUGUAGAAACAAAUACCUUUGCCAUUCAAAAUUUUAUUUUUUGUUAUUUUUAA